ACAAGAUAAGAAUAUAUCAAAUGUACCACUGCAUGAAAGAUUAAAAGAUCUACCAAUGAAAAGAGGCUGUGAUUUACAGAAAGAAAUUUUGAGUGAAGCAAGUUCUAGUGAAGCUGUUCGGGUAGCCGAUGUAACAGUUGAAAUCCCACCACCAUCAAAUGAUAAUGUAAAGGUUUUAUGUAGAAAGGAGGGGAAUAUGUUUUAUAUAAGUAAUAUUGUUAGUUAUAAUAACAGUACUUUAUCUAUCACUGAUCAAACACAACUAGCUCUUACCAGAUUAAAAGAUACCUUGAAUAAUUUAAAAGUUUCUACCAAGAAUAUAGUGUCUGUUUGUUUAUAUGUUAGAAACAUGGCGGAUUUUGCUGCAGUAAAUUCUGUUUAUAAAACAUUAUUUGAUAUUAAUCCACCAGUAAGAGGAUGUGUAGAAGUAUGUUUAUCACGGAAUAUAGAUUUACAGUUAGAUUGUAUUGGUUAUAUUAACGGUGAUGAUAAAUCAACGUUACAUGUACAGAGUAUAUCACACUGGGCGUCAGCUAAUAUUGGACCAUAUAGUCAAGCUGUCAAAUUUGAUGGUAAGAUAUAUGUUGCUGGUCAGAUAGCUUUAUGUCCAGCUAGUAUGACUAUUAUAGAGGGAGGUAUCGUACCACAAACACUACUGUCGUUACGUCAUACAGAUAGAAUAUUAGACGUCAUGGCACCUGACUGUACAUUAAAUAGUGUGUUAUUAUGUAUAUGUUACAUCACAAAACCAGCUUUUAUACCAGUCGUUAAAAGAGAGUGGAAGAAAGAGGCUAAAACAAUCAACAUAAAACAGUAUGGUGAAUUAGAGAGUUCUAAUCAUACUAGUUUAAUACAAUGUAUAGUUGUACCUACUUUACCUAAACAUGGUCUAGUUGAAUGGUUAGUUUAUGCUGCAGAACAUACAGCACAAUUAACAGAAUUAAAUAUUGUGGAGAAUUACAGUAAUCAUAAAGUUAAAAUAGAUGUUAUACAUUCUACUGAUAGUCAAAAUAUUUUUACAUGUAAAGCUUCCUUAGAAUUAACAUCUAAUGCCGGUUUAAUAUAUAAAGAUUUAAUACAGCAUUUAUUUGAAGAAUAUGAUAAAGUAUUAAUAAAGAUGAAGUUAGACUGGAGAUCUGUACCGUUAUUACGGAUCUUCUUCCCUACUUCAAUCUUUAAUUAUGAUCAGUUAUUUAAUGAUGUAAACAGAAGUAUCGAGUCAUUAACGGAUGUCACACCUGUAUUUUCACUUGUACCAGUUAUAGCUCUUGAUACACCUGCACAAAUAAUGGCCGUCUGUCAUUGACCUGUAAAUAAAAUUGAAAUGUGAUUAUUUUGAAUAAAUCUGUGAUAUGUAA